UCCCCAUCGUCCUUCUCUUUUACAAUUAAUAAUUCCGCCAUUAAUUUUCCGCCUGCCAACAAACGCCGAAGUCAAAGCUUCCAUCGUCCGUCUCUUCCUUUUUGAGAGAUUCUUUAUAAUAAUCGCCAGCAGAAAAUGACUUCUGUCGACCAAUUCUCUCUCCUUGGCUUGCUUGAAUUAGUCAAGGGAAUCAUCCGACAAAGGCGACUUCUUGCUUCCUUUUUCUCCCUCAAUCUCCACUCUUCUUGGCUUUUUCUAGGGUUUUGGAGCUGCUUGUUUGGGUUUAAGCUCGAAAGUUGACGGCGAUAUCUCAGGAUUUUUAAGGCAGGAGACGGAUUCUUAUCGUCAAAGAGCUGGUGGUGGCAGAUGUUAAUUGAUAUUUUCUUUUGAUAUAGGGGUUAACAAUGUCCCGACCUGAACUGCUCAUAUUCGGGGCGAUUCUAGCCUGCUCUUUUUGCCUGUCUUUGCAGCCUGCUGAAGCACAGAUCACUUACCCGUCAGAAGUUGAUGCUUUGAGGGCUAUCAGGAGCAGUUUGAUUGAUCCCCUUGAUAAGCUGAAGUCCUGGAACCACGGUGAUCCCUGCGCGUCAAACUGGACGGGGAUUAAUUGCUAUAAUUCUACAUUCCCUGAUGGAUACCUGCAUGUACAAGAAUUGCAGCUGCUAAGGAUGAAUUUUUCAGGAAGCUUAGCGCCUGAGCUUGGUCGUCUUUCUUACAUGAAAAUUUUGGAUGUCAUGUGGAAUGGGAUUACUGGCUCUAUUCCCAAGGAGAUAGGCAAUAUUACAUCUCUCAAGCUCUUGCUUUUGAAUGGUAACCAACUAUCCGGUUCUUUACCUGAAGAGUUAGGAAACCUUUUUAACUUGGAUAGAAUACAAAUUGACCAGAAUCACAUAUCUGGGCCCAUACCGAAGUCAUUUGCGAACUUGAACAAAACAAAGCAUUUCCACAUGAAUAACAACUCAAUAAGUGGACAAAUUCCACCCGAGCUGUCGAGUUUACCACGUCUUGUUCACUUGUUACUGGACAACAACAACUUAUCGGGAUCUCUUCCUCCUGAACUUUACAAACUGCCAAAAUUGCUUAUUCUUCAGCUUGAUAAUAAUAACUUUAGUGGGAGUACAAUUCCAGCUUCUUAUGCCAAUAUGACCCAACUAUUGAAACUGAGUCUUAGAAAUUGCAACCUACAAGGAGCUGUUCCUGACCUGAGUGGAAUACCUAGACUUGGUUACUUAGAUCUUAGUGGGAACCGCUUGACAGGGCCCUUGCCAACUACUAGACUUUCCAAUAAUAUCACUACCAUUGACCUGUCAAACAACUUACUUAAUGGAUCUAUUCCCUUGAGCUUUUCUGGACUUCCUAAUCUCCAGAGAUUGUCGCUUGACAACAACGAUUUUACUGGCUCAGUUCCACCUUCUAUAUGGAGGAAUAUGAUCUUCACUGGAAAUAAAAGUCUCAUCGUGGAUUUCCAGAAUAACUCUCUCACGAAUAUUUCAGAUGCUCUUCAGCCUCCUGCAAAUGUCACCAUCUUGUUGUAUGGGAAUCCUGUUUGUGAAAGAGCAAAUCAACUCAACAUAAUCCAAUUCUGUCUGUCUCAGAUCGUAAAUCCGGCAUCUGGAAUGUCAACAAAUUCGAAUUUUAGAUGUCAGUCGUGUCCUACAGAACUCGACUACGAAUAUAAUCCAAAAUCUUCCAUACCUUGCUUUUGUGCUGUUCCACUUGGAGUUGGAUACCGGUUAAAAAGUCCAGGGCUUUCAGAUUUUCUCCCAUAUGUUGAUGAUUUCGAGGAAUAUUUAACAAAUGGUCUUGACAUUGCGCUUUAUCAGUUGGACAUUGAUUCAUUUAUUUGGGAGGAAGGUCCAAGACUUAAGAUGAAUUUGAAGUUAUUUCCAGAUAGGGCAAGUUUAUUUAAUGCAAGUGAAGUCCUACGGAUCAGGAGCAUGUUCACAGGAUGGUUGAUUCCUGACUCAGAUCUUUUUGGACCGUAUGAACUCAUAAACUUCACUCUUGGAUCUUAUGCAAAAGUGAUUCCGAGUUCUUCAAUUACGGGUUUGAGCACCGGUGCCAUAGUUGGCGUUGUUUUAGGGGCAAUUGCUGGUGCAGUUUCUGUAACUGCAGUUGUCAUGAUUCUUAUAAUGAGAAGGAACUCCAAAUAUAAGACACUUUCAGGAAAGCGCUCAUCAUCAAAAAUUCCAAUCAAAAUUGAUGGUGUAAAAGACUUUACAUUUGAAGAAAUGUCAUUGGCGACAAAUAACUUUAAUAGCUCUGCUCUAGUUGGCCAAGGUGGAUAUGGGAAGGUGUAUAAAGGCAUUUUAGCUGAUGGAACAGUUGUAGCUAUAAAACGUGCACAAGAAGGAUCUUUACAAGGAUCAAAGGAAUUUUUCACUGAGAUAGAGUUAUUGUCAAGGCUACAUCACCGGAACCUAGUGUCUUUGGUUGGAUAUUGCGAUGAAGAAGAUGAGCAGAUGUUGGUGUAUGAGUUCAUGCCAAAUGGCACUUUGCGCGAUCACCUUUCUGCUAAAUCUACACCUUUGACUUUUUCCAUGAGGAUGAGCAUUUCACUAGGUUCUGCAAGGGGCAUCCUCUAUUUACACACAGAAGCAGAUCCCCCUAUAUUCCACCGAGAUAUUAAAGCCAGCAACAUAUUGUUAGACUCCAGAUUUACUGCAAAGGUUGCUGAUUUUGGGCUCUCAAGGCUCGCUCCGGUCCCGGACACUGAAGGGACUGUGCCUGGUCAUGUGUCAACAGUUGUGAAGGGCACCCCGGGUUACCUUGAUCCAGAAUACUUCCUGACUCAUAAGCUUACGGAUAAAAGUGAUGUAUACAGCUUGGGAGUCGUGUUUCUAGAGUUAUUGACAGGGAUGAGGGCUAUUUCCCAUGGAAAAAAUAUAGUUCGGGAGGUGAAUGCUGCAUAUCAUUCCGGCUUGAUGUUCUCAGUCAUUGACAAUAGCAUGGGAUCAUAUCCUUCUGAAUGCGUCGAAAGGUUUGUAUCAUUAGCUCUUAGAUGCUGUCAGGAUGAAACAGAUUCAAGACCUUCAAUGUCUGAAGUAGUAAGAGAAUUAGAGAAUAUUUGGAGGAUGACACCAGAAGCUGAUGCUAAUACACCAUCAUCAGAUUCUAUGGCUGCAGACAGUGCGAAGGUUGUGACCCCAUUUUCACUCAGUAGAGAGCCCUGCACUGAUGUCUCUGGGAGCAACCUUAUAAGCGGGGUGAUACCUACGAUCACCCCUCGGUGAAAAGAACGAGUAUCACUAUGUAUAUGUGAAGUAGAAACAUAUUCUGGCUGACCUUUGUCUCUCGGUUUUAUUUUCUGUUAUUCGAUAUGUAUUAUUUUAAUACACAAUUUUUUUAAUCGUGAAGUCCACAUUUGUUUGAGAGAGAUUCCAGUGUUAAUAUACGCAUGUAUAUGUUCUCAUUUGAAGAUUGAAUAUUGCAGCCGGUUCCAAGCUGGUUGCAGCAAUGAUAUUCCUGGUUUGACGA